AUGUCUUCAAGAACAGACCUCGAAAAGGUUCCUGAACCACAGGUCAUUCCUAGAGACCAGGACUCCGAACGAGACUCCAUCACCCCAGAGCCUUCGACGCUCGAGGCUCAACCAUCCGAGAAGCCACCCCAUCACAUUUUCACCCGUGGUCGCAAGCUGCAGAUGGUCGGCAUCGUCUCCCUAGCUGCUAUCUUCUCUCCGCUAUCCUCCAACAUCUAUUUCCCUGCACUCGACGAUGUAUCAAAGUCUCUCCACAUCAGCAUGUCUCUCGCGACUCUCACCAUUACCGUGUACAUGAUCGUUCAAGGCCUCGCACCCAGCUUCUGGGGUUCCCUGUCAGACGCCACGGGCAGACGGCCAGUCUUUAUCGGAACCUUCAUCGUUUACCUUAUAGCAAACAUCGCCCUCGGCGUGUCUAAGAACUAUGGUGAGCUCAUGGCCUUCCGAGCCUUGCAGGCUGCUGGUAGCGCCGCCACCAUUUCCAUCGGCGCUGGGGUUAUCGGUGAUAUCACAAACUCAGAAGAGAGAGGUAGCUUGGUGGGUAUCUUCGGCGGAGUUCGCAUGCUCGGACAGGGAAUAGGCCCAGUCUUCGGUGGCAUUUUCACUCAAUACUUUGGAUACCGAUCCAUCUUUUGGUUUCUCACGGCCUUUGGGGCCGUGAGUCUCCUGUCGAUUAUAGUGCUUCUCCCGGAGACGCUGAGGCCGAUUGCCGGAAAUGGCACCGUGAAACUCACGGGGAUGCAUAAGCCUUUCAUUUACUCGAUCACCGGCCAGAAGGGUGUUAUCGAGGGUGCGCAACCGGAAGCGAGGAAGGGCAAGGCGACUUGGCGCGCCAUUUUCGCCCCUCUGACAUUCCUCGUCGAAAAGGACGUCUUCAUCACACUGUUCUUCGGAAGUGUCGUAUAUACCGUGUGGAGCAUGGUGACGUCCAGCACCACCGACCUCUUCAGUGAAGUGUAUGGCUUGUCGUCUCUGCAAAUUGGAUUGACAUUCCUGGGCAAUGGAUUUGGAUGCAUGUCAGGAUCGUACUUAGUUGGCUAUCUCAUGGAUUAUAAUCACCGCUUGACUGAGCGCGAAUACUGUGAGCGGCACGGAUAUCCGGCCGGCACGCGUGUCAAUCUGAAAUCGCACCCCGACUUCCCCAUUGAGGUUGCCCGGAUGCGCAACACGUGGUGGGUGAUUGCAAUCUUUAUUGUGGCAACGGCUCUAUAUGGUGUGUCUCUGCGUACACAUCUAGCGGUUCCCAUCAUCCUACAGUACUUCAUUGCUUUCUGUUCGACGGGACUUUUCACCAUCAACAGCGCGCUGGUCAUUGACCUUUACCCGGGGGCUAGCGCCAGUGCGACAGCAGUGAACAACUUGAUGCGGUGCCUGCUUGGGGCUGGCGGAGUGGCUGUCGUGCAGCUCAUCAUUGAUGCGUUGACAGCGGAGUAUACCUUCAUCUUGCUUGCCGGGAUUACCCUUGCGAUGACUCCGUUAUUGUACAUCGAAGAUCGAUGGGGACCUUCCUGGCGACAUGCCCGAGAAAGGCGCCUCAAGGCCAAAGCAAACGGCAACUAG